UAGCUUGGCUCUUGGUGUUAGCAAGUGCCUCCAAGAGAUCAUCGUCUCCAAGGAGGCUGCGCCUUCUGCCGCCUCGUCUAUUGUUUUCUUUUUGGAUUCUGCGUCAAAAAAAAAAAAAAAAAAGAAAAAAGCAUUUCGGUGUUUUUGCUACAACAACAACAACAACAACAACUAAAAAUUAUAAUAAAAAAAAAAAAAAAAAAAGCAGCUUCAAUGUUUCAGCUGCCUAUUUUGAACUUCAGCCCCCAGCAGGUCGCUGGGGUGUGUGAGACCCUGGAGGAGAGCGGGGAUAUCGAGCGAUUGGGUCGCUUUCUAUGGUCUUUGCCAGUGGCUCCUGCAGCUUGUGAGGCCCUUAAUAAAAAUGAGUCUGUGCUACGUGCCAGGGCCAUUGUGGCUUUCCACACUGGCAACUUCAGAGAACUGUACCACAUUUUGGAAAACCACAAAUUCACCAAGGAUUCCCACACCAAACUGCAGGCUCUGUGGUUGGAAGCCCAUUACCAGGAAGCCGAGAAGCUAAGAGGAAGACCCCUGGGGCCAGUAGACAAGUACAGAGUAAGGAAGAAGUUCCCCCUGCCCAGAACGAUCUGGGACGGAGAGCAGAAGACGCACUGCUUUAAAGAACGUACACGGCAUUUGCUUAGGGAAUGGUAUCUACAAGACCCUUACCCAAACCCCAGCAAAAAGAGGGAACUGGCCCAAGCAACCGGACUUACCCCAACACAAGUAGGAAAUUGGUUCAAAAACCGCAGGCAAAGAGACCGAGCGGCAGCGGCCAAGAACAGGCUGCAGCAGCAGGUCUUGUCCCAGGGAUCUGGACGCUCAUUGGGCCCAGACGAGAGAGGGGAACAGUUGGGCUCUGCCUCAAGUCCUGCAGCUAGCCUGUCCAGCAAAGCGGCCACCUCUGCCAUUUCCAUCACAUCCAGCGACAGUGAAUGUGACAUCUGACCUAUGGGGCAUACUUAUCGCAGCAAAAACCAGGAGAUCAAACUCAGAACAGUGCCUGACUAAGCAGAACAGCCUGGCCACAGGGACAACACACUGGGGCUGUCACAAGACCAGGGAGUGCUGAUCCUAGUGUCACACUCCUCCGUACAUUAUUCAUGAUAAGUCACUGUGUACAAGAAGACUGGAAGGCUUUAUCACCUUUGUUUUGGGGACUUCGAUGACGCCUCUAAAGCCAAGUUGCCAAGUGUGAGCGCUGCCCUAUAUACAUCUUGUGGGUAUUUCAUGUUGGAAAAAAAGACGCUGUUAUAUUAUUAUUAAUAUUUUUUUUUUUUUGCUUUGUUUUUAUAUAUUAUAUGAUGACUUAUUUAAAGGAUUGCCAAUGUUAGACUCCUUUGCUUGUCUGUAUGUGCGCAGGUGACUUGUAGAGGCAUGUGCACCAAAUCUAUGGAUCCAAUGAAGAAGCUAAAAUAAAAUAUGUGCUGACAAUUCU